ACUAAUCAAAUUUAUUAUUUUUAAACGAAAUUUAUUUAACGAUGAACAAGAAACUUUCUCCAGAGGAUGCGUUCUAUGAAAAUUUGACGCUGGGUCUAAUCAAGACGCUCUCCAACGUGCCCAGGGUCUGUAAUGUGACUCUGGAAAGGCGACAACCGUUGAAUGCUUGCCAGGUGGUCAACUGGGAGCAGAGGCACUGUGUCUACCUGCCGGAGGAUAUGAAGAAGUUCUAUUUGUCCUCGGACGGAUUUGUGCUCAACUGGAGCUAUCAAUAUGCCCCCAAUGACAUCCGUCGGGUGGGUCACAUCCACUUCCCCCACCUGUUACAGGUGACUCUGCUUCGGGAGAAUAUAGAAACCACCCACUCGAGCAGCAGCGCAGCGGCUCUGGCUAGUAGCAACUCAGAUGUCCUGGGGCCAUCCAGCAGCACUCAGUCCGUAUCGUCUGCGGCGUCUACCGGUAAGGAUAAAUGGGGCAAUGCCACGCCCAUUAUAACCCCCAAGUCAAAAAUAUUCGAGAUAAACAAUGUCAACGAGGUGGCCAAGGUGUGCAUGCUGUAUGAAUCCACCAGUUCCAACAAUCCCAAGUUUUAUCUGCUGGAGCUCAGCACCUUAAGCUGGCAAUUUUUGGCUGAUACUUUUAGCGAGUACCUCCGAAUGGCCAUCGCCCAUUUGGGGCUGCCCUACUGGGAACUGUGCUUCUCCAGCUGCGGCCUACCCUCCUGGACAGAACAGCUUUUUCUGUUGUUAGCCCCGCAUCUUCUCGAGGAGCACGAACCAAGACGUGGCCGUGUCUUGAAUCCGGCCUGCGAACAUCCCUACAACAUAAUUGAUCCGAAUAUUUUUCGGGGAAAGCCGAAAAGCGUUGCGAAAGCUGCCCCAAACACCAAACAGAGUCACAAAUGAGUUUCAGUAA